UUCAGCGUGACAGUUGCAUGCUGUUUCUCCAGGCAUAAACAGCUAACUGCUUUAGAUAUUCCGUCAUAAAACUGCAAAUAAGUGCCAUACAGAGAGGCUGUUUGCAUAAAAUGUCUGAAAGCAGAUACAAAGCACCUCGCGCCCGGUGUUAACAGUGUUUAUUCACUUUUUUUUUUUUUUUUGUUAACGUUGCAGUGUCCUUAGUAAGUUAGAAACAAAUGGUGUUUAGUAUUGUUUCGGUGCGUCUGUCCUGGCACUCAGAGCCCUGCAGUGAUGAUGGUGGACAGUGGUGCUGUGAGCAUCCCCGUGUGCUUCGUUUCAGACCAUGAGGGCUUCCGUGGGAGUGUAAAAAACUUCACCAGGGACUUUGUGGUGACAGAGAUCGAUGUAAGUGGACAGCUCGUCAAUGAACCCGCCGCCAUUCAGGCUCCGCAGACCCCAGAUCAGGUCAGUGAAGCCAGAGCAGAGUGCAAGCAGGAGAUAUCACUGGACACAGGCGUCUCAGCGGACUGUGGGGCAAGUGAAAUCAUCCCUAGUCCGGAGACUUUUGACCUGACUGUGAUUUUAGGCCAGUCGGUCAGUGAGGAACUCGAUCGGUUUGUGGCUGCGCUCAAAAAUGAGGUUGAAAAGCCGCACAGCCGAGAUCUAUCUCUGGGAUCUUUCCCUGACAAACACCAGAGAGCCAAUGUCCACCGGGCCGUCCGACACAGCUUCCCCUCCCUCAUGACCGUCACCAGUCAGUCUGAGAUCAGGGUGAGGGAGGACCCCGACUACCAGGAGCUGUCCCGUUUGGUCACAGAGGACGAGGCAGAGGACUUCUUCAGGUUCAUAGACGCCAAAGUGCCCGGGUCGUCCUACACGUUUCGCCCUGACGACAACAAGGAGCACAGGACGUCCGUCCACCACUUCCUCAGCAGGAGGUUCGGCAAGCUGGUGGAGACGAAGAGCUUCAGCGACCAGGGCAGGACGGCGAUCUCGGUGAGGCUGAGAGAGCGAGGCAGACCCAAGAAGAGGACGGCAGAGGACUGUAAGGAAGAGGAGGUGUAUACCGGCUUCACCCUCUGUAAGGAGAACCUGGAGACUCUGGAGGCCAUCAGCUACAUGGCAGCCGCUUUGGGGAUCCUGCCCUCCGAUUUCACCUACGCCGGCAUUAAGGACAAGAGAGCCAUCACCUACCAGUCCAUGGUGGUCAAGAAGGUCCCACCACGACGGCUCCAGGAGAAGUCUGCAGAGUUUGAGAAGAGAGGGCUGCGCCUGGCUCAUAUCCGCCCCGUCAGCGAGCCUCUGAGGCUCGGCCGACUGCAGGGCAACCACUUUGACCUGGUGGUCCGCGACUUGAGACCGCACAGCACCGGAGACACACACCUCGCUGGCGUGGACACACACACUCAUCUGGCAGCACUGGUAAAGCAAGCGGUGGAGAACGUCAAGGACAGAGGUUUUGUCAACUACUAUGGCCCACAGAGGUUUGGCAGCGGGCAGAGCGUUCAGUCUGACCGAGUAGGACUGGCUCUACUCAAAGAAGACAUGGUGAGCGCAGUGCGUCUGUUCUUCACCCCAGAGGACGGUGAUGAUCCUCAGAGCCAGGCGAAGAGACACUUCCAUCAAACAAACAACGCCAAGGAGAGCCUGGCGCUGAUGCCCAUGUCCAAGGCCCGAGAGCGGCUGAUGCUGCGUGCCCUGCACCGCUACGGGACGGGGGCAGAUGGCUGCGCCCGUGCCUGGCUCAGCUUGCCCCACGGCAUGAGAGUCUUUUACCCACAUGCCUACUGCAGCCGGGUGUGGAACGAGGCGGUGGCACACAGGUUGGCCACUCUGGGCCACCGUACCAGGCAGGGGGACCUGGUGUGGAUGCAGGGAGGGCAGGGAACUCCAGAUGGCACCGGGGACUCCAGCUUGCCUCAGAUCCAUGUUGUGACGAGCAAGGAGGAGGAGGAGGGUAUCUACACACUGCAACAGGUGCUGCUGCCCAUGCCAGGCAACACCGUCAGGUACCCAGAGAACCUCAUGGGGGCUUGGUACCAGGAGAGACUGUCCAGAGACGGGCUGGAAAACUGUCGCUUCAGAGUCAGCACCCUCAAACUCAACCUGCCUGGCUGCUACCGCCCCCUGCUGGCCUUCCCACGCAACCUCACCUACCAGCUGCAGAGCACCGCAGCGCAGGAGGGAGGAGGAGAAGACGCUGGAGACGGGAGAGGAGCGGAGAGAGACAAUGAGGAGCAGCUGAACGGCGUGACAUCACACAGGAAGCAGGACGUGGACUCGCUCACUCUCACCCUGAAAUUGGACCUGGACACAUCCUGCUAUGCCACCGUCUGCCUCAGAGAGAUCAUGAAGUGUGACCCCUAGAGGUCAGGUGUCAAGCUUUUCAUUUAAAAAAAAAAUAUUUUGGCCACCUUUUUCAAACGGAGUGGACACUGUUGUAUUAAUGUACAUUAUGAAGAGGAACAUUUUGUUUAUUAAAACCUUUUAAAUAACC